AGUGUAACCAUACACUGAAACUAUUUGAAUAUGUGUACGCCCAGAAAAGACAUAAAUAAAUGGCAUUACACACUCAAACCACGGACACCUCAAUUUUUUUCACUCAUUUUCACUUUCAACUUUUUCCUUUUCCAGCCUGCGAUUUGUGUCUUGCCCAGUUUUAUUGAUCUUUUUCAGUCAGUCCUGUCAUAAGCUGCUCUGAUUUUCAGGUAAUUCGCUGAGAAGAUUUUAUUUGUUCACUCAUUUCAAGCACUAGAUUUGGUUUUCCGUCAUUCAAUGAGAGAUUGAGAGCGCGCGCACGUGAUGGGGGUGCCACAGGCGUGACAGGGGCCGCCACUUUAUGACUUGCACUUGCCACUGGCUCCAGGAAUGGGGACUUGCCUGUCCCAACCCAGUCACCUUGCUUGACAUUGUUUAUUCUCCUCCAUAUCGUCACAAGCUGACAUAGGGCUAUAGAUGACAUAGCUAUAGGCCUAGGCCGACGAUACAUGUCUUGAGUUAGGAGCUUGUCUCCAACUGUUCAGUGCCUCUGCCAGCCUCUUCCCCAGUCAUUGUGCGUCUUCGCCAGUUGCUGAUGCCAGGUUGGAUUGUAGCUAGAUUGGCUAAGUGAGUAACAGUAAUCUAGCAGUGAGGUCUAAAUUUGGUUUAAAUGAAUAUACGGCUGAUGUUAAUCAUAUACAGCUAUGAGCUAUGUAAACAUUAGCGUUGACCACAACCAAAAACGUGUGUUGACCACAACCAAAGACACGUGUUGACCGCAACCAAAGACAUGUUGUGUUGACCACAACCAAAGACAAGUUGUGUUGACCACAACUGAUGACAGAUUGUGUUGACAACAACCAAAGACAUGUUGUGUUGACCACAACCAAGGACAUGAGAUAGGAUAUGAGGCUCCUUAGAUAUUGACGAUAAAUUGACAAUCGGCAGCAAAAGUUUGUUCCAGUGUUCUGAUCUGACAAUUAACAGGUGGAGAAACGUGCUUCAUUUGUUCUAUCAUUGGCCUGUCUGGCUUGGUGUCCAGUCUGGUACUAGACAAAACAAUCCCUUCUGAUAUAUCAGUGUGACAUCAUUGACCCCCUCACCUGGUUAUACUGAGAUAAACCUUUCCUAUGAACCUUGGCCGGCCUGGCCCAAUGCAUAAUGCUUUUCAUAAUCACAGUUGUUGGGAUGUAUGCACACUUUCUAUGUUCCACUGUUGAUUUAUGCCUGUGGGAAUAGCUGGUGUUUCAACAGCUGAAUAAUUGUGACACUAUCAUCAUUCACAUUUAUAGACCUAUCAUAUGCAUGGACUCCUUGCUCCAGUAAACAAUUCCAAUUCAUUGGCUUGAAAGCAUCAUUUAUAACUAUGGAUCAUUCCAUGGAUGGAUCUGCUGACCCACAUAAGGCUGAGGGAGACAAACUUGUUAAUGUGUCUGCCAGUGGUGCCCAGCUGAAGGGGGAACCAGUCCAGAUCGUCUUGGCCACCGAAGAACAUACAUUCGAAUUAGAUGAAGAGGCCCUAAGUAAAAUCUUACUGGACCCUCGAGUCCGGGAUCGGAAUGUUGUCGUCGUCUCGGUGGCUGGAGCCUUCAGGAAGGGAAAGUCGUUCUUACUCGACUUCUUCCUCAGAUAUCUUUCUGCUUUGGAUGAUCCAAAUUGGCUGGGCGACAGCAACUCUCCCUUGGAGGGGUUCUCCUGGCGAGGGGGAUCAGAGCGUGACACUACCGGUAUCCUGAUGUGGAGUGAACCAUUCGUUGUAAAGGCAGCAUCUGGAGACGAACUUGUUGUAUUACUUAUGGACACUCAGGGUGCCUUUGACAGCUCGUCCACCGUCAAGGAUUGUGCCACAGUGUUUGCUCUCAGUACCAUGGUCAGUUCUGUACAGGUGUAUAACUUAUCGAUGAAUAUUCAAGAGGAUGAUCUACAGCAUCUGCAGUUAUUCACCGAAUAUGGCCGAUUAGCUUUAGAAGAUAAUAACAACACGAAACCUUUCCAAGUUCUUGAAUUUCUUGUUCGUGACUGGUGCUACCCCUACGAGGCCGCAUAUGGUGAGCAAGGGGGGCUUGCAAUGCUCGAGAAACGACUACAGAUAUCCGACCGCCAGCAUCAAGAGCUGCAGCAGAUUCGGCAACACAUCAAGUCUUGUUUCCAAAGAAUCGGCUGCUUCCUAUUACCACAUCCUGGCCUAAAGGUGGCCACCAAUCCACACUUCGACGGUCGUUUGUCAGAUAUUGAAUCAGAAUUCCAGGAGCAUUUGAAGAAACUGGUUCCGCGGCUCUUGUCUCCCCAAAACGUCGUCGUCAAAGAAAUCAAUGGCAGCAAAGUGACAGGCAAAGGAUUAUUGGAAUAUUUCAGAGCCUACAUAAAAAUUUAUCAGGGAGACGAGCUUCCCGAGCCAAAGUCCAUGCUCCAGGCCACUGCUGAAGCCAACAAUCUCGCCGCUGUUGCAAAUGCCAAAGACUUGUACAACAAGGAAAUGGAAAAGGUGUGCGGAGGUGACCGACCGUACAUGGGUCCCGAGUUACUACAGCGGGAGCACAGCCGGUGCAAGAACGCUGCAGUCAAUCUAUUCAACACAACAAGAAAGAUGGGAGGGCCGGAAUUCAGUGAACAGUAUGGAGAAAGAUUAGCAAAUGAACUUGAAGAGACAUAUGAAAACUUUCAAAAGCACAACGACAGUAAAAAUAUCUUCAGUGCUGCUCGUACUCCGGCUACAAUAUUCGCCGUCAUGGUCUUUGCUUACGUCGUUUCUGGUCUAUUAGGAUUUGUCGGUCUGGAAUCGUUAGCAAACGUUUUCAACUUAGUCCUUGGGAUUUCAUUGGUGGUGCUAUGCAUCUGGGCGUACGUGCGCUACAGUGGGGACUUCAGGGAAUUAGGCGUUUACAUCGACCAGAUCGCCGAUCACAUAUGGGAAAAGGUCCUUAGUCCAAUUUACAUGAAAGCAAUGCAAUCAGGAGUGGAACAUGCUGUCAAGAUCAAGACGAAAAAGCAAUGAAAUGCCACCAAAAAGACACUAUGCCGAAAAAAAUUAUGACACUGCACAAUCGACAACUAUUGGUGCCGUUGUAAUAUAUAAACAUGAAGAUUUCGACAACUCCAGAGAAAGGAACCCACCAUUCUUCAGGCUAACUUCCUGCAUAUUAUUGUCAUGUCAUGCAGGAUCAAAACUGGAGUCAAUUUUGCAUGUUGCACAAACUUUCUUUGGUGAUGUGUGUAAAAGUAUAUAUACGUCAUGUGAAUGGUACCUCAAAUUGGGACGACUACUGCUGCAACUACAUUGUGUGCGCGUUCUCCUAUGCGCUUGACGUCAUUGUGUUUAAACCAUGCAGCUUGUCGCUUGACAUUUUCAUUGUAAACGAACACUAUGCAAGUUCUGUAUUCAUCACUCUUCAAUUGAACUGCACAUUUUACUAUCAACCGUGGCGAAAUUCGAAUAUUUUUGAGAUGUUAUGUUUUUGGCGAGUAUUGACAAAUGAAGAAAUGUGCUUUUAAAAAACCUUUUGAAUUAACCCACAUAUUGUAAACCCAGGUUUUCAUAGUCAUACCCUAGAAAAUAGAUACAUGCCUUAUUCAAGGUUCUUCAUUUCUAUCCAAACUUUGUAGGGCAGGCUGAUUUUUUCCACUUGUUAAAAACUGGCAAUGUUUGGUUUCACUGUCGAUAAGUUUUCUUCAAAUAUUAGUAAGAUACGUUAAUAUUAUUAUUAUUAUCUUUGUACAGAUGUUGUGGAAGAAAUAGGUAUUUCUCGGCCGUCCUAUUCUUAUUGUGUCAUUCUUAAACUCUGAUUGGUUGAUAAUUUAAUGCUACUAAGAAUUAAUAAAGAUUAGUCUUUACUAAUUCUUGAUGCUACCUACAUGUAUCUUAUCUAGACUUGUCAUUCACGUUUAGCUUGUGUGUGCUGGUUAUCGGUACUAGCUUAUAGUUCUUUUUGGUAAGGUAUCAUAGCUUGGCUUCAAAAGCUUUGCUCUUUGCACAUCUGUAACAUCUAUUACAUCUCAUUUGCUCCGGAAUCAGGGUAUCCUGAUUCAGUGUCUUGCUAUCAGCAUUUCUAUGUCAAAUGUCGUUUCUGUGGACAACUUUUUGUCGGGAUGAAUUAAACAAAAAGUAUCAUUGCCUAGAAUUUGUGAGGCUGGGUUGUGACAUUGGGUGAUAUGAAUAAAGACUAGCGAAUGCUUUUACUUCAAUUUUGUACAGAAAGGCCUAGUGGAAAUGUAUGCGGAGUUUUAGAAAAAAGCAUUUGCUCGUCUUUAUUCAUAUCACCCAUUGUUCGGGGUCUGGCCUGUGGAAAAGUUAUUACUGGAUUAAAAAUCUUUUUAGGGUGGUAGAUAUCCGAUCUUGGUAGUUCUGGUGAAUGAUGUACUUUUGUUAAACUGGCCUGCUCUGACAAAAUCAAAUCUAACCAUAGAUGACACUGAUUAGGUCUAUUAUCUGUGGUAACACGACUUUGAUGUGUCCCCUUUUGAUAAACUACGAGAGUCAGCAGAACCUUGAUGUUCGGCAGAACGUUGAGCAAUUGCGCUAUGUGUGUAUCAUACUAGGUCUGUUGUAUAUGGUUCUGUAAAACCUUUUAUAAACUGCAUAAUAUUUGUACUUAUCUUUGAUAUCUGUGGAAGAAGUGCAUUUAAUAUGUAUAUUGUUUUGCAUCACCGUGUUCAUGUAUAAGGUUGAGACAGUAUUCAGUAUACUUGUAAGUUUUAUUGAAAGUCAGGAUAUGUCAAGUUUUGUAAGGAAAUGCAUGUUGUUUAGUUACGAUGACAUCAACUCGGUUGCUCAACUUUUUAUACACCACACACUACGGUUAAUCAAAGUUUUGAAAUUCUGAAAUGAAAUUUUUCCGGCAGGAAAUUUCUCAAUAGUGUAUUGUCUUGUUCUGGUGACGUCUCUCGUCUCUAAUGUGAUGAGUGUAUUUGACAGCUGUCUCAUUUUUCACUCCUGUAAGGAUACAUAGAUGUAUUAAUUCUGUUUCGAACAACCUGUAGUGUGUUCAUUUUAAUGAAGUCGCACUUCGUGAGUAAUAAUCAGGUGGCAGUUAGCCUUUGUAUUCAAGGCAAGCACCUGUGGAUAUGCUGAAUAUUUAUUCAGUCGUUUUUCGAAAAUAACGCUGUACUUUAUCUAUAAACAGAACAUCGGGAUGUACCUGUGAAAUUCAUUGCAAUGAUGUCGAUAUUUAUGCAAGUGGGGUUGAAUAUUCAUGCUUUUCUUAAUAACUAACCAGUCAAUGUAACUAUACAAUCCUAAUGGAAAAAUAAAACUAAGCAAAACCAUUUCAAAAUCUUAAAGAAAUCUUGCCAGGCAAUUGGUCGCCCGCCACUUCGUUUCGCGCAUGUCAUUUCGUAAUAAUCUUCAAUAUAUUACGCCGGGUGGUGCUUAUUGAUGCUGCAUGCUUUUGCAAUUUUUAAGGAGCAUUUGUUAAAGGAGCGUUGUUGAGAGCGCACCUGCAGAAUCAAACAAAAAUUCUGUGGAAGACUUUCAUGAUUUUAUGUUGCUGGCUGAGUGACUGCUGCCAAGGCAAAAAAUUAGAGUUCUAUUUUUAACUUGCCACGCACAUGUAUACCGGGAAAACAGUUAGGUUAGAUAAUUUCAAUAUAUGUAUAUAUUGUAAGUUAAACAGAUACAUAUAUGUGAGAAAUGGAACAUGUGUCUGGACUUUGUAAUUGGAAUGUAUAUUUGUCAAAAAGAGUACCGUAGAUAAGUUUCUUACUAAUUAUAUUGUUGAUAUAUUUUUGUUACCAUGUCUGUAGUAAAGUCUUUGUGCUCAUUUCAUUUCUAACAUUGUUAUCUAUUGAAACUUGGAGGAGUAAUAUGACACAUUUCUGAUUUAAAAAAAAAUGAGAGUUGGACUUUUCGGGUUUCAACGAAGUGUGUAUGGCAUGACAGAAAUCCUAUAUCGAUCUGUGUCAUUUCAAAGUCGCUGGGAAGUUAGAAGUUUGUAAAAUUGUUUUAGAUUUUACUGACAAUUUAGCAAUGUGUAACAUUUAUAUAUAAUGUCAUGAUGUGGUAACUAUUAUCAAGAAUUAAUAAAGACUAGUCUUUACGUAUUCUGAAAACAUCUUUGUGGGAGUCAUUCUAAACAAAAACAUGUGUUAACAUUGUUCAGGAAGUGCUAAAAAAUAAUUUCUUUUCAUGAGUAAUACGAGUUUUUCUUUAUUUCCGUCUCUACUGAUUCAUUUUCGAUGUUUAAUCCAUGGCAGCAGUCAUUUGCUUCAUGCUAACUAAACUAACUAUCCUAUUUUCUGAUUCACCCUAUUCUGGCCUGAGUAGUGUACACUGUAUCUGCACAGUGCUAUCUAACAUCCAUACAUAACCCUCGCCAAAUUAGGGUGAAAUUGGUGUUUCAAAUUGCUUACUCAGGGUGAUGGUUUUAAGAAAAUAACAAAAAAUAUAUAAACAGAUUAUAGCACCCACCUAUACGAUAUAUGCCUGUGUGAUAAAUUAUUUGAAAAUUGUGUAAGAUAUCUGGCAUGACUGAUUUUCACUAACCAAAUGUCUGUGUAAUAUUUGUAAAUAUUUACAAUCAUAAUUUGCAUCCAGGUUUGAUUUUUUCUCUUGCUGAAUUCCUAUAUGAUGGAUAAAGUGGAGGAAGUUAGAUGUGUGUACAACAGUGUAGAGUUGCAGUUUCCUUUCUGAAAUAUUGCUUGGGUCUUUAAGGCAGUAAGAAAAAUAUCAAAUGUGGUUGCAUUGUUAGUGCUAGCAUGCUUUGUUAAUACGACUUUGUAUACCGGUAUUAGUUUCUUUAAACUUAAUAUUUUGUUUGUGUUCCUCGGUUUCCCUAUGUGCAUUCAAAAUCAUAGGGCAGCCAUUCUAACCUUUGAGGGGGAUUUCAUGAAUAUGAAGGGAAUGGCUAACAGAAUGUGCUGUCCUCUUAUCAUUCUAUUAUGUUUCAUUCACACUUUUGUUAUCUAAAUUGUGUUCUGCAAAUGAUGAUUUUUGUGACUAAAUGCUGGCUACCAUUCUCACUAAAAUGACGAAAAAAGUUCAGUCACUUGAUUUUGUAGCAAAAGUCUUCAAAUGUUUACCAGAUGUCACUACUGUUAAAUGUUUAACUUUAGUUUUGUCUUCUGAUGUUUAAUUUGAAAGUAAUCAGUGCCUCUGUUUAAGAUGUGUGCAAUGAGUUGAAUUUACGUGGUAUGAAUGUAAAGGAAUAAUGUACAAUGGUUCAAUUCGAUACUUUCAUGAACAUUACAGGGUGGCCCAGAAUGAUGUCCCUCACACAAUGGAUACACAAUAGAAUUAUAUUGUGCAAGGGCAGAUAAUUCUGGGCCACCCUGUAGAAUAGCCUUUUUAUAUGAAGACCUGUUAAAUAGUCCGCACUCUGAUUAGAAUACAGACUCCUUAGUAAGAAUUUUUCACAACUGUCUGAUGAUUUUGACAUAAACUUGAAUAAUAACAAAGCUGUUUUCUUUCCUUAAAACCAACAUGACAAUAGAUCUGUACGAAUCCAUAGCUCAACCUGGGUGGCUUUUUUUUGGCAUUUUUGUAUCGAUGUGAAAAGAAUCCUUCUCUAACAUGUCUAACAUGACACAAGUAGUAAGCCUUGUACAUCUUUCCUAGUUGUAUGUUUGAAUGAUUCAACACCCUAUUACAAUAAAUAUCCUAUUUGACAA